AUGGACUUUUUGCUUGCAAACAUCGAAUCAAAGACCUACGCCCUCAGCGUGCCGGACGAAUCCUUCUCGUACGUCAACAUCCGCCAUGUGAAUUUCUACGCUAAUACUGAUGCGGCCUGCAGCUUCAUGCCCUCCGACAAGCUCGAGGCGGCGUUCUACAAGACCUUGACACAGUUUCCUCUGCUUGUCGGCGACCUCACGCAGCGCAGCGACAGGCACUUGGAGAUUGUCGUAAAUAAGGACGAUCUCAACAUGCCUGGAUACCGCGAGUCGCAGUCGGAGGUGGAUUUCCGCGAUAUCAAGUCAGCCCAGUACAACCAAAAAACCUGGCCCAGUGAUCUGGAGACAGUGGGCAAAGUCCCGUGUCCAGACGCAAACUCAGCCCGCAUCAAGCUUGCAGACAUCCAUGUCGUGCGCAUGAAGAACAACACUGGCCUUAUUAUCUCUACAGCCUUCGUCCAUGCCACCACCGACGGCUAUGGCUGCUUCGAGUUCCUCAACCGCUGGGCCGAAGAGACCCGCGCUCUUAUUACUGGCGAGCCGGCAAGGCACUGGGUGUUCUGCUUUGACCGCUCUGCGAUCCGCAGCCAUUUGCCUGCCGAGCGUGCACCGAUCAGCGACAUGACCCGCAACACGUACACAGACAAGUCGUGGUUUGCUGACUUUCUGACCUGGCUCUCGCCAAUCUCGCGAGGCAAGCUGAUGAGCUAUUUGGCAGGGCAUGGCUCCUAUGGAAGGAUGCCUGAGCUCCGCUACCAUCUGCUUGAGCACGUGCCAUAUGGAACUCGGAUCUCUGACAAUGACCUGCUCUCAGCAAGUUCAGAUGGGGAACCGGGAUGGCUGGCACGCACCAUCAGCCGUGCUAUGGGCAUCAGGAACGAGCAUUGCCUGGGGAUCCCCUGUGAUAUCCGUCACCGCCUCGACAUGACCGAUAUCAACUAUAUUGGCAAUCCCAUGUACCAUGUAUACUUUUCGAAGCCAAUCGAUUAUGCUGGUACGCCAACCACACCAACGUCGCUAGGUGACAUUGCUGCCAUGGUGCGCAAGAUUGUAUCGGAGGCGACCCCGCCGCGUAUUGGCACCCUGUACGAUGUGCUGGAAACAGAGGACAUUAGUCUGGGCAACUUUAGUGCCAAUCUGAUGUCAUUCAAGAUGGUCACUGGUAUAUCGAACCAGAUCCGGUUCAAGUUUUACGAAGCUGAUUUCGGCAGCGGCGUGCAGAGCUUUGCCACCGUCAUGCCUGAUUUCGGCGAAGGCACGGUCAUCUUUUUGCCAUCACCCCCGCCCAGCCGUGACAUUCUCGUCAACCUGACCGUCUCACCGCAAGUCAAGGAAUGCAUCUUGAAGGACAGGUUCUGGAUGCAGCUUGCCGAAUUUGUUUACUAG